AUGAAAACCAAAACCUCUCCUCCCUCCUCCUCGGUCCCCCUCGUCCGACUCCGAGAAAGCGCCACCGCAGGGCACCGGCCGCGCAGCGAAUGGCAGCAGCAAGCAUCAUGCCUCCACCCAGAAACCCACCACCUCCAGCCACAGCGCGUAAUCCCACCGCUACCGUCUCCGAUCCCCAACGCCACCGAGACGCCCCGACGCCGUCCCUCCGCGUGCUCUUCCUCCGCGCCGUGGACCCGUCCCGCCCCUCGUCAUGGUCCGCGGCCGUCGCGGACCUCCUCUCCUCCGGCGACCCCGUCGCGGCGCUGGCCGCGUUCGCUGCCGCCCUCCGAGCCAACCCCGCUGCGCUCCGGCCGGCCCUGCCCCCGGCCCUCCGCGCCGCCGCCGCCGCCACCUCCCUCUCCGCCGGCCGCCAGCUCCACCUCCUCGCGCUCCGUUCGGGCCUCUUCCCCUCCGACGCCUAUUCCGCCUCCGCCCUCCUCCACAUGUACCACCAUUGCUCCCGCCCCCUCGAUGCCCGCAGGGCGUUCGACGAAAUCCCCGCGCCCAACCCCGUCAUUGUCACGGCCAUGGCGUCCGGUUGCGUGCGCAAUAACCUUGUAUAUACCGCGCUCUCUAUCUUCCGCUCCAUGGUCGCCUCUGAUUCCGCGGGAGUGGUUGACGAGGCGGCUGCACUGGUAGCGCUCUCUGCAUCCGCUCGUGUCCCUGACCGUGGCAUUACUGGUGGUAUUCAUGCACUUGUCUCCAAGAUUGGCUUGGAUGGGCAUACAGGGGUAGUAAACACGAUGCUAGACGCUUAUGCAAAGGGCGGUGGUCAUGACCUGGGGGCUGCGAGGAAGCUCUUUGAUAUGAUGGAGAGGGAUGUAGUGUCCUGGAACACAAUGAUUGCAUUGUACGCCCAGAAUGGACUGUCAACAGAGGCGCUUGGGUUGUAUAGGAAGAUGCUGAUUGUGGGAGGUGGUGUUAGAUGCAAUGCGGUAGCCUUGUCGGCUGUGCUACUGGCCUGUGCACAUGAGGGGGCAAUACAGACCGGAAAGCGCAUCCAUAAUCAGGUGGUAAGAAUGGGAUUGGAGGAUGAUGUCUAUGUUGGGACUUCUUUAGUUGAUAUGUACAGCAAGUGUGGAAAAGUUGAAAUGGCGUGGAAAGCCUUUCAAAAAAUUAAGGGAAAGAAUAUCCUUUCAUGGACUGCCAUGAUUGCUGGCUAUGGCAUGCAUGGAUAUGGCCAAGAAGCCCUUCAUGUUUUCACUGACAUGAGGAAGUCAGGGCUAAAGCCAAACUACAUAACCUUUAUCUCAGUUUUAGCUGCUUGCAGUCAUGCUGGUCUUUUGAAUGAGGGCCGUUAUUGGUACAACACCAUGAAAACUGAGUUCGGAAUUGAACCUGGUGUUGAGCACUAUGGAUGCAUGGUGGAUCUUCUUGGCCGUGCUGGUUGUCUUGAUGAAGCUUAUGACCUUAUUAAAGAAAUGAAAGCCAAACCUGAUGCUGCUUUGUGGGGAGCUCUUCUUAGUGCAUGCCGAAUCUAUAAAAACGUUGAGUUGGCGAAAAUUUCUGCAGAAAAAUUGUUUGAGUUGGAUGCAACUAACUCUGGGUAUUAUGUUCUCUUGUCAAAUAUAUAUGCAGAAGCUGGAAUGUGGAAAGAUGUGGAAAGAAUGAGAGUUCUGGUUAAAACCAGAGGAAUAGAAAAGCCUCCAGGGUAUAGCUCAGUUGAGUUGAAAGGUAAAACCCAUUUGUUUUAUGUUGGGGACAAGAGUCAUCCACAGUACAAGGAAAUCUAUGCUUAUUUGGAGAAACUGCUUGAGAGAAUUCAAGAAGCAGGGUAUGCACCAAACACAGGCUCUGUUCUUCAUGAUUUGGAUGUAGAAGAGAGAGAAUCCAUGUUGCGCAUCCAUAGUGAAAAGCUUGCUGUUGCGUUUGCCCUGAUGAACUCUGUACAAGGGUCAGUAAUCCAUGUCAUAAAGAAUCUCCGGGUCUGCACUGAUUGCCAUGCAGCAAUAAAGAUUAUUACAAAGCUUACUGGACGGGAGAUUAUUGUUAGAGACAUAAAGCGCUUUCAUCAUUUCAAGGAUGGGUUAUGCUCAUGUGGGGAUUAUUGGUGACAUUAUGCAAAGAAACUUAGUUUGUGAUUCCAUAUUGGUAGGCAUCAGAAUAUCACAUAUUGAGAGACUCUCAGUGCAUCUGUCCAGCACACAGGCCAAUACAUCAGUGAUAUAAUUUAUAACUUUUCAUCCUGAUUAGGAUAAAAUGGUCUGAACUGCAUAGCUGGCUGACGCAGUUAGUCAACUUAUCUGUGGUGAAGAUGAAGGACAUUGGGGCUUUCAAUAGUCCUGCCUAAUACACUUGCACUUUCAUGCGCAAGACAUGGAUUUUCAUCAUGAUAUGAAGGGCUUGUAACAUAAUGGCUCAGCCUUGACCAUUUGUGAAGGCCAGGAGCACAAAGUCAUUUUUGGAGUACAUGAAUUCUGCCAGGAUUAGUUUUUUAAUAUUUACAUGUGAUGAGAAACACUGCUGGACACUUCAGAAGCAUGAAUUUGUCAAUCCCAGAAAUGUGCCCAGAGAGGAAAUUGAGACAUGGUCAUUUCUUAAUAUCAACUCUGUUCCAUAACAUUAUAGAAGCCACAAUCCCAUUGCUUAGCCCAUGCCCUGUCAAACAUGGCAUGCCUGGAGGCGACAGGGAUGUGCACACGAGGUGAGCAGAUCCGCUCUAUGGCACACAUGGAGGGCAUGAAUUCGAUGUGGCUUCUCCCAUUUACCAAAUAAGCUGUCGACACCAUUGUUCAUCCCCUUCCUCAAAUUAUCUGACAGAAGUAAUCCAGCAAAGAAGAGAAGGGGUACAGCACAAACGGAGAGAGCAAGAACCAAUGCGCUCAAGCUUCUGGUGACAAAGGGAAUGGUGGUUUCCUCAGUUUCUACACUGGCAGGAGGAUGAUUCUUUGCCCCCCGUAUGAGGAGUGAAACUGGUGCAUCUGUCCAAAUGUUUCAGGCUUUCAGCGCAGAACGGUUGGUAAAUUAGCUUGCAUAUAUGAAGGUGAAGGAUGCCUAUGAAUGUUCGAGGAAGAGUGCUGCAGAGCUGGAGAAGGAUUGGGUUUCACCCAAUGCAAAGAAGCUCCACGGUGAAAAGAGGAAAUGGGAUGCAGCAGAGAAAAAGAAUACCUAGGCCUCGUUCAGUUGGGGCAUAUCCCGCCUGGAAUUAUUCCAGCCAAUGAAAUUCAUAUGUAAAUUAAGUAGCGGUUCCAGCCAGGAAUUCUUCCUUGAAUUCAAAACCUGGAAAACGAACAUGGCCUAAGCAUGUCUAGAAAGAACGGGGUUUCUGCAACAAAACUGGAGGAUGGUUGUGGUAUACUCGUAUGGCGCCUGUGAUUUGGUUUCUGGUGCUUCUCUGAGUAUCUGUUGCUGCUGGUGCUGGCAAGCGCUGUGAACUCUAACGAUGGAGGUGUACAUUUUUGGUAGCAUAUAUGAACUUGGGAUAUGUUUAUUUUGUAUCUAUACACCUGCGAUGCGCUUAAUCACUAUUAAUGGCAAUACGGCGCUUUAACUUU